AGGACUCUUGGAUUCUUUACUCUAAAGCCCAACAUCAUGGACCUGCGAUUCAGCUCUCUUCUCCUGGCAGUGGGCCUGUUCCUGAGAAGCUCGGCUCUCGCAGCUGACGAAUGUGAAUCCUUGCUCAAGCCUUUGACUCUGGAUGAUCCAUCAGUGUUGCACGGAAAGAUGCAUUUCAUCAUGGGCUACACUGAUGGUGACCUAUUUAAAGCCAUCCUGAAAACUACCACCAGCUCCUGGGUGGAAAUUUCUCAGGCGCCAUCAGACUCCAGUGUUCUUUUAAUGAGCCAAGGGAACUUGAUGAAUGGGACAUGCUCAGGCUCAGACGUCACGGUGACUAUUCAAAGUGGCACUGCAAGAGCCCAAAUGGGAGACACCAUCUCCCAUUUCCAGUCUCUGCAAACCUGUGAUGGAUGCCUCGUCUUUAACAUCAACACCACCGUCAGAAACUUAAACAGAUAUCUAACCCAGGUGAAUCUGGGGGGCAUCAAAGAAGAGGAGUCGGACAACACUCGUUCUCUUUACCUGAUGGCCAAUGAGACGACGGUCCAGGACUCCGUCCUGGAACAUUUCAAGAAGCAGGCCAGCUGUCUGGGUUUCACAGGAGAACCAGACUUCCACCACAAGCCUGAGAACAGAUUCUGCGAGAAAGACGAAGUUCAAAAAGUGGAAGCAUGAAGUCAUAAUAAACAUCCACGAUAUUUAACUGAAUUUCAGAAUUAAAAUGGACUCGUAAAAUAAAA